AUGUCGGAGCUUGCUGCCGCAAGCUCCAGCUCCAGCGCGGUCGUGCCAGCGCAAGCGGUGCCGACCAUCAAUCGGCCGCUGCCGCCCGUCCCUCCGGAGGCCAGAAGGCUCGUCGAAGGCAAGGAGCCGAUCUCCAUCUUGCUCUUUUACCAGUACGUCGAGCCGCCGUGGACCGACAAGGAGUGCUCCUCCGCGCUGAAGCACUUUCUGGCCUUGGGCAAGGAGCACUCGAUCUGCGGCCGCGGCCGCUGCGCCAAGGAGGGCCUCAACUGCACGCUCACCGGCAACGCCGCCGGCCUGCGCGCCUUUUGCGAGGCGCUGCGCGCAUGGAAGCCGGAGCUCUUCAACCAGACUGACUUCAAGUUCACAGACGGCCUGCCCGCGUCGCGCCGCUUCAAGGCGCUCACCGUCCGCAAGACGGACGAGCUCGUCGCGUACGGUCUCGCCGGCGAGCGCGCUCCGGCGCUCGCCGCGUCAUCCGCCAAGCACCCCGACGCGGUCGUGAUCGACGUGCGGAACGCGUACGAGUCGGCGAUAGGCCACUUUGCGCCUCCAGAGGGCGGGGCGACGCUGCUUGACCCAAAGAUGCGCAACAGCCGCGAGUUUCCAAAGUGGCUCGCGGACGAGAAGACCAAGGAGGCGCUCUCGGGCAAGAAGGUGCUCAUGUACUGCACCGGCGGCAUCCGGUGCGAGCGCGCCACCGCCCUGCUCGACGAGAUGGUCAAGGCGGACCCGACCUUCCGGAUCAGCGACAUCACGAUGGUGCGCGGCGGCGUAGAGCGGUACAUGCGCACCUUCCCCGAGGGCGGCUUCUGGAAGGGCAAGAACUACCUCUUCGACCGGCGGCUCGAACAGGUGCCGGAGGCAAAGUCGUCCGCGGCGCUGGAGGGCGACGUCGAGUCUUGGUGCGCCGUGUGCGCGGCGCCAUGGGCGGCGUACCGCGGGCAGUUCAAGUGCGCGGGGAGGCUGCCUCCGCCCGCCGGUGUGUGCGCAGUGCCGGUCAUCGUGUGCAACCGCUGCAGCGACGCCGCCACCGCCGACCCGGCCAGCCUGCGCUGCCCGCUCUGCCAGGAAGGCUACGUCGCCCCCCAGGCGAUGCCAGAGGUUGUGAUGGCCGACAAGCGCGCGCCCGACCAGCGCCUCGGCGGCGGGCGCGCCAAGAAGCAGAGACCGCUCGCCGAGCCGUCCUCGCGCGUCUUCGUCGGAUCGCUGCCGUUCGUCGUCGACGCGACCGCCAGCGGACUCUUCUACGGCUCCGCCUUUGUGCAGAUGGGUUCGGUCGAGGCGGCGACGACAGCCGUUGGCGCCGCGCGCGAGGGGCGCCUCCGGAUCGGCAAGCGGAAGCUGCGCCUCAAUUUUGCGCCGCUCAAGCCGGGGGAGGAGUGGCCCGCCGUCGGGUUCGUGCAGCGCGAGCGGCCGCUCUCCGGCUAG